CCUCCGACGCGCCUUGAGCUUAGCUGAGCCUGCCGACGCGGCUCCGCCAUACUCAACUGCUGAUUCUCCAGAUCUACACCUCGCUCGUUCUCUUCUUGUGUUGUUUCUCUUCUACUGCUACCUAUUUUGUUGUUGGGUUUCUGAUUGCGCGUUCCGCCUUCGUCCGCAGCUCCUUCCGCGCAGCCAGGGCAUUCCGCGCAGCCAGGGCAUUCCGCGCAGCCAGGGCAUUCCCCAAGCCACGUUCACAUCUGGCCGAACGACACAGAAGCCGACCUCAUCCGUCCCCUAGGAACCGCUACCCAGCCCUCGGAUCCGCGCCACCAUUCCUUUACGCAUGCCAUGUCUGCGAACACCAACUAUGCCUACACCUCGCUAGCCAACAUAGCCUCCGGGCCUCAUGCGCGAUGGCGACGCAUCCUUCUGAUCGCCUUGAUCCCGAUGCUGUGCGCCUUCGUCUAUAUCGCACUUGAACCAAGUGCGAUACCUUCGUAUAAGGGCUCGCAGUACCCUUACCAGCACAAUGUAUCCAUCCCCGAUGGCGAUACGUCCAUGGCUGCCGUUAUCAAAGCCCUCUACGAGCCGAUAUUACACCCGGUCGCCGCCGCAAAUUUUACCGACGACGAAGGACAGGUGUACCGCCUGCACGGCGAACCGCGCUUCAAGCAAAAAUUGGGGAAGAAGGUCUUGGUUCUGGACAUUGAUAGCCGGCCUUUGAAUAAGCCGGGCCAGCUCAUGGAUGAUGAGCUUGUGUGGAAGGGCGGGGAAGGCAUUCGAGCCUUAUCAGCCGGCAUGCUGAGCCACUAUACCUAUGCCAUGAUCCACGGUUACGACUACAAGUUCGUACGCGCUCCCGACUACGAGGACCGCUGGGGUACCUGGGUCAAGGUACCUGUGAUGAAGGAGGCCCUAAAGACUCACGACUACAUUCUUUUCAUGGACUCGGACGUUAUGCUCCACUUUCCGCACCUUCCGCUCGAGUGGCUACUCAACUACUGGAACCUGACCAAGGAGACCCUCAUCAUGAUGUCGCUCGACCCCGACGAGCCGCAGAACUACGACUCACGAGGCAAUCGCUACCUCAACACCGGCUUCGUCAUUGCGCAGCAGAGCGAACGCACGCAGGAGAUGUUCAAAGUGUGGGCCGAGUGCCCUGAUGAAGGACGCUACCAGGGCUGCGCGAAGUGGAAGCUCGAGAUGUUUCACGAGCAGGCCGCGUUCGGCAACUACGUCCGCUACGACUUCGACCGCCCCGAGGACGUGAAAGUACUGCCCUGCGUAGAGGCGAAUGGCGCGCCCGAAGCCGAGAAUCGCGGUGGCUGCAAAGGAACCUUUGUGCGCCACUACUGGGUGAAUAAGGGCCUUGUCUCGAAAGCGCUCAGCGACCAAGUCAUGCAGUACUUUGUACCGAGAUUGCACCAACUCUAUCACAAAUCCGGCGGAGACCACGUAGUCAAUGCUAAGGGCAACUACCGACUGCAAGGCGCCGAGAUGAUCGAGCUGACCAACGAAGAAAAGCAGGCGCUGAAGAACGACGAGGGCAAGAACCAAAAGGAUGAGGGCUGGUGAAAAAGAUUUGCGACUUAGAUACCCGGACUUGUCCUCAAUUUCUUGAUUGGCGUUGGCGGCUGCAUCGCAUUGGCGUUUCUUUUGGAUAUAAACCUUUUGGCUGUUGCGACUCUACCUCCCUGCGA